AUGCCAACACCGGACAUUUGGAGCAUGAUCCCCGAAGAAGUUCUGUCCCAUAUAUUUCGCUACCUCCCUCUCAAGGACAGACACAUGGCCUUCCAGGUGUGUCGGCUCUGGGCUGCAGCAGUUUCUGCCAGUUCCGUCUGGAACUUCACAGAGGUCAGUUGCAAGGAUGGGAAUGAGGACGGCACGUUGCAAAGUUUGCACCAGUUCCUGCCCCUUAUCAAACAUCUGAAGAUUGUGUUUGAUCAGUCCAAGGAGGUAAUCCGGAGGAACGUCUCCCACAUUUUAGACAUGCUGGCCCAGCAGAACCACAAGUUGCAGGCUCUGUGCAUUGCCUGCACGGGGGAGAAUCCUUAUUUCUAUGCAGGCCAUGACAUCUUGCAGGGCAUCAAGAACAUCUGCAAGAGCAAGAUCAACCUUCAGAAGAUCGAUUUUCGGCAAAUGCCUUUCACCCUUGACGAUGGGAUUGUGGAGCUGAUCGCAACCUCUAGCCCGAACUUGCACACCUUGUUCAUCAACAACCGCACCCUGGUUUGUAAUGUCAAGCCAGAAGCCAUUGUUACGCUCCUCAGGGCUUGUCCAAAAUUGUCUACUUUGGGCAUCUAUUAUGCCAGCCUGUCUGAGGAAGUCUUUCUGGAACUGAUGAAGCCAAAUCGAGAACCUUUCAGUUGCCUGGACCUUUUCUGUGAACGUCUGGACAAAUACGUCCCGGUCAUCACGGAAGAGCUCUGGGCGGCAGUGACUGAGAAGCAUCCGCAACUCUAUGUUGAACUGGAGUUUGAGCACACGGUCCCUGCCUGGAAGAUACCUCGGAUCCUGAAGCCAAAUAUCCCUGUGACCACUCUGCAGCUGAACACCUUUACGUACAUGGUGAACCAGGUUAGGUUUGUCACCAGCAACUACAGCGGGAGUUUGGAGAGGCUGGUCCUUCACACCACUCCAUCGGAGGACCUCGACUCCUCCUUAAUAGAUCUGGCAAAGAAGUGUGUGCGUUUGAAAGAGGUCCACUGCUAUUGCACAGUUAGCCAAGCCGUGAUCGAGACUUUCUUGUCUCAUUGCACUGGCCUGAAAAGAUACACUCUAAAAAUCACCAAAGAACGUCACCCUUGGCAGCCAGUAAUAGUCUCAUGA